GUCUUGAGUAGACAAGAGAUAUGUAGACAAUGAUCGGUGAAGCUGCGUUCCCCCUGUUCUGACUCUCUCCCCUUACAGCCAAAUCUGGUGAGCAAAAGGUGAUCGGGAGGCUCUCGUCGGUUCAUCCAAGGUCAAUCUGCAGUUUCAGACACGGUGACAUCUGAUUCCGACCAUUCAUAAUUCUGUUUCAGUUUCCCCUCUCCUCCUGAGCAUUCUCACACUCUGCUGAAUCAACUCCCGACUCGACGUGCCAAUUCCGCGCACCGCUUUGUCCACGACCCACCUUUCCCCAUCCUCCCUCUCCCUCACGCAUCCAGAACCCGCCGUGUUUUUUUUACCGACCUCCACCCAUUUCCAUCCCCAUACGUACCUCCAAUCCUCGAAUCAUCCACCCCCCAACCCAACCAACCCACAUCCUUUACGUCUACCAGCCCGAUAUACCCUCAAAAUGGCGGAAGAGAAAUCCUUCACCUACAGCGACGUCGCCGAACACGCCGCCAAGAAAGACCUGCACGUCGUUAUCCACGACCUGGUCUAUAACAUUACCAGCUUCGUCGAUGAGCAUCCCGGCGGCGAAGAAGUCCUCCUCGAUGUCGGUGGCAUGGACGCCACCGAAGCCUUCGAAGACGUCGGCCACUCCGACGAAGCGCGGGAGAUCCUCGAUGGCCUGCUGGUCGGGAAGUUAAAACGCCAGCCCGGCGACCCCAAACCCAAAGUCGCCAACCCCGCCGGCGUCUCCACCCCUGGCGCCGCCGCGCAAUCCGCCUCGAGCGGAACGAGCAUGAUCUUCUUCCUGCUGUUCUCCGGCCUAGUGGCCAUGGGCGUGUAUUUCUAUUUGGGUCUGGAGAAUCAGGGGUAGUAGCGGAGGUGCGAUUUGGAAGGAAAGGGGAGAGUGAGGGUUGAUUGUGAGGUUUGGGGGGUGGGUGGAUUGCAUAGUUAUAUUUGACGGGAGAGAUUUUGGCGCAGGUGGAAGGUGGUUAUAGGUAUCUAUGGAUCACGCGGCUGGCAGCUGGCUCUUCUAAUCCCAAUGGUCAAGCGUGGAUUAAUUACUUGGAACGCGUGUCAAAUUAUCCGGUACAUUUCGAUGCGUCCCUUGCUCGCUAUGAUUCCACAUCGACAGAAACCCAACCGCGUUCAUCGAACCGAUUCGUUUCAUUCUCCAAGCACUAACGCGCCAAUCCUCCCCUCCCUUCAUAGACGCUCGCCUCAUUCCACCACACCAAAUCCAACCCCCAUCUACCGAUAAAACCCUUCUGCAUCCCCACCAGCCGUUCCCGCCUGAGGAGUAGCUUGCUGCGGCCGAUAUGCCU